AUGACAUCCCACGUUACUGCAUACAUACAGUAUCCUCAAACCCUGCUGACCUUCUUCGGACUAUGGCCCACCAACCGCACCAAGUUCUCAAACGUCAAAGCAAAGCUGGCCAUCUUUGAACAAUAUCUGUUCCUCGUCCUUAACGGCGUCUACAUUGUGAUGAUGAGAGGUGAUGUACAAGCCAUGUGUGAUGCUUCGUAUCUCUUCUUCACCCAGCUGGCUUUGUGUUGUAGGGCAACUCUCUUCUUCCUGAAUCGAGAGAUGGUGAAGAACAUUGUGGAUAUGAUGAAUGAUGAUAUCUUUAAGCCUGAAUGUGAAGAUCAUGAAAUGAAGUUGAUGAAGUAUGCGACCAAAUGCAAGAAUCUUUACAAGGUGUUGAUCAUGGGCUUUACAAGCACUCUGACAUGGUGGAUAAUGGCGUCGCUAAUCAGCGAUGAAAGAAGAUAUCCAUAUAAUGAGAUCUGGUUCCCAGUGGACAUGCAGAAGUCUCCGCAAUACGAGCUGGCGUAUGUCUACGAGGUGUUGGCGAUAGCGUCCAGUGGCUCCAUCUUCCUGUCGGUGGACACUUUCACUGUCGCCUCUAUGUUGUUCUCAUGUGCGCAGCUUGAAAUAUUGAGAGAGAAGAUGAACAGGAUAAUGCCCGUGCCGCUCACAACAAAGAAAAAUAAGAGUGAAAUGCAAAAGAAACUACGAGAUAACAAUGAUUUGCUCAUAGCAUGUAUCAAGCAUCACCAAGCAGUGAAAAGGUUAGUAUUGAAAAUAGAAGACACGUUCCAUUCCUCUGUGUUCUGCCAGCUGUGUACGGCUGUUCUCAUCAUCUGCAUUAUCGGAAUUCGCUUGUCGCAAGAUUCGCCAAACAACGCCAGCUUCUACGGUAUUGUGAGCUAUCUCACACUGAUCCUCUCUCAACUGUACCUGAACUGCUGGUGUGGCACUGAAAUAACGGAUCGGAGCCUAGACUUCCGCGACUGGCUGUACGAGGUGCCGUGGUACGAUCAGGACAAGAGGUUCACCAGCACGCUGUCAGUCCUGCUGCAGUGCACCAAGAAGCCGCUGGAGUUCAGGGCUGGACACUACGUGCUACUGGCCAGGGCUACAUUUGUUUCGGUGUUGCGCUGUUCGUAUUCAUACUUCGCAGUGCUACAACAAGCCAACGAGGGAUAAUAGAAUUCUAUGCACCAUAUAAUUUUAUUAGGCAUCAUUAUGAAUAAAGUAUCCUGUGUUAUAAAACCUUCUUGAUUGUAAUGGUCACGCGAAUAUAAUGGCGUGUGAAUAUUGCGUUCUUUAAUUACGUAAAGGCUAGAUUUAGCGACUUUUUUAUUAGUUUCUUUAUGAUAGUAAGACGAGAAAGUGGGUCAACUUAGGUAUAUAUUAUCAGACAAAAUUCUGGUGCAGACUAGAAUAAAACUGAUAACCACCUAGGCUCUAGAGAUGCAUGUAAUUAAUCUACGGAGUGAUUGAUUAAUGUAGUGUGACCGAUGGCAGCCCGGUUAACAAGCCCACUAUUCGUGAUUUUGAUUUUC